AUGGAGACUCAUCAGAAAGAAAACAUAAUCUCGUCCUGGCAACGUCAGCUUCAGUUUGAUCAGUAUUUUGUUGUCAAUCCUGUAAAUACUAGUAGUGGGGGUCUUGCCGUUUUUUGGAAAUCUUCUGUUCAGGUGUCAAUAGUCGAAUAUAACUCUAAUGUUAUUGACAUGGAUGUGUAUUUUACUAUUGAAGAUUUCAGAUGUAAAAUAUCCUGGAUGUAUGGCAAUCCUGUUGAAAAUAAAAAGAACUCCUUUUGGUGUUAUAUGUGUCAUUAUUUCUCAAUUCAAUCUAUUCCUUGGAUUUGUCUUGGAGAUUUUAAUGAUGUCUUAUACACUACUGAAAAGUGGGGUGGCUGUUCUCCCUCUCUGUGGAGAAUGAAUCUGUUUCGCAAUUUUCUUAAUCAUUGUGCCCUGAGAGACCUUCAUGCUCAGGGUCCUCUUCAUACUUGGUACCGUUAUCAGCAUGGGCAAGUAAAUAUGAAGGAGCGCCUUGAUCGCUGUUUAGCUAACUCAGAAUGGUGCUCUUCUUGUCCUAAUUCCCAGGUGAUCAAUCUUCCGAUUAUUGGUUCGGACCAUCGUCCACUUCUUAUGGAUUCUAAUCCAAAGGUGUUACCUUUCCGGAAAUGCUUUCGGUUUGAGCACAUAUGGACUUCUGUAGAUUCCUGUGAACAGGUUAUUGCACAAGCUUGGCUGAAUGCCUCCUCCUCAAUAGCAAUGCCUACUUGGAUAGCCAAUUUGAAGUCCUGCAAACAAUCUUUGUUGGUCUGGAGCAAGCAAACUUUCCCGAAUUCUCAUAAACAGGUGGAGGAAUAUCUAACUCAACUAAAUCAUCUUCAUAAUACCUCUGGGUUGCACUCCGCUGACCAGAUUCGAGUCCUUACCCUAAAAAUUGAGGAGCUUUGGAUUCUGGAGGAAAAUUUUUGGCAUCAGAGAUCCAGGGUUGCUUGGUUGAAAUUGGGAGAUCAGAACUCCAAGUUUUUUCAUCAGACUGCCACUCAACGAAAUCAGAAAAACAAGAUUCAUCGACUUCGUAAUGCUCAGGGUCAGUGGUUGGAUUCCGAAGUAGACAUUGCCAAUACUUUUCUUCAGUUUUAUCAGAAGUUGUUUACUUCCUCUGGACCAAGAGAUUGGGCAGAUAUAAUUCAGUUGAUUGAUCCGGUAAUUACUACUGAUAUGAACAAAAGCCUUCUCGCUGCGGUCACUCUUGAUGAGGUUCAUUCUGCAAUUUUUCAGCUAGGAGCAUUGAAAUCUCCUGGACCAGAUGGGUUCCCAGGCCUUUUUUACCAAAAAUAUUGGGCUAUAGUCAACUCAUUGAUUCAUCAAGCUACCUCUUCUUUCUUUUUCAAUGGAACUCUCUUGCCUGAGCUGAACCGCACUCAUGUAGUCUUAAUUCCGAAGGUACAUCACCCAGAACAUGCACACCAAUUUCGUCCUAUUGGUUUGUGCAACUUCUCUUACAAGGUUUUAUCCAAAGUUCUAACAAAUCGGCUUAAACCUUUAAUGCCUGAUAUUAUUUCAGAAAAUCAAUCUGCCUUUGUCUUAGGAAGGCAAAUUCAAGACAAUGUGAUAGUGGCCCAUGAGAUGUUUCAUCAUCUCAAACUUCUUCGUCAUGCUGGAAUGGGUGCUUUUGGUCUAAAGUUAGAUGUGGUGAAAGCAUAUGAUUCGGUUGAAUGGGAUUUUCUCCAAGCUGUCCUUCUCAAACUAGGUUUCCAUAAUCAUUGGGUGAUGUUGAUCAUGAAGUGUGUCAGAAAGCUUGCACUCUUCGGUGUUGCUAAUCCAGGAAAGUACUUGGGUGUUCCAAUGAUUUGGGGACGUUCUAAGUGCUCAGCUUUGGCUUACAUUCGAGAUUCUGUUGCUAGAAAAUUGACAGGAUGGAAACAACAAUUCUUAACACAAGCUGGGAAGGAAGUUUUGAUCAAGUCAGUAGCAACGGCCAUUCCAGCUUAUCCAAUGAAUUGUUUUCGUUUUCCAAAGACAUUGUGCUCUCGGAUUAACUCGGACAUUGCUAACUUCUGGUGGGGAAAGAAAGGUGCAAAUGGAAUUCACUGGAAAAACUGGAAAUUUCUUGGUCUUCCAAAAUCUCAAGGUGGAAUGGGUUUUCGAGACCUGGAGGAUUUUAAUCAGGCCUUAUUAGCCAAGCAAGGGUGGAGGAUUCUAACGAAUCCUCAGUCUCUUUGGGUCAGAAUGUUGAAAGCCAAGUACUUUCCUGAUGUGCCUUUCUUGGCAGCUCGGAUUGGAUCUUCUCCUUCUUGGUUAUGGUCAAGUUUAUUACAUGGGCAGCAGCUUCUCAAAUCUAAUCUUCUUUGGAGGGUGGGAAAUGGUUUACAUGUUACAAUAUGGAAUACUAAUUGGAUUCCCGGUCUGCAGGGGUCUUCUUUAACCCCAUCAUCAUCUUCGGAUCCUUUACUACCUGUCUCUUCAUUGAUUAAUUGGCCUACCUUAUCCUGGGAUUUAACCCGGCUUGUAGAACAUACUUCUGAAGCUCAACGAGCAGCCAUCCGGGUUAUUCCUUUAAUCAGCUCAUCCAUUCCGGAUACUCUUGUCUGGCCUCUCAACAAAUCCGGGAUUUACACGGUUAAGUCAGGGUAUUUUGCAGUUCACAUGGCCUCUUCUCAACCAACUGUGCCUCAUUCACAUACUUCACAUAUUCCUGAUUCAUCAAUUUGGAAGCGCCUUUGGUCCAUCCAAACUCUUCCGAAAAUUAGGAAUUUCAUGUGGAGAGGUUUGUCAAGUACUCUUGCAACAAAGGCUGCUUUAUUUGCUCGUAAGUUAUCUUUGGAUCCAAUCUGUUCUCUAUGCCAAUGUUUCCCUGAAACUUUGGAACACAUUCUUUUUGCUUGUCCAUGGGCGAGAAAGACUUGGAUGUUUCAUCCAAUUGGUUACCGUCCCCAGCUUCAACAACUUACAACUUUUGAUACUUGGUUCUAUCAGCUCUCUUUCCCAGUUUCCACAGAAAAAUCUCAGCAACAAGAGGUUAUGUCUCAUAUUAGUUUCUUACUUUGGUACAUAUGGAAACAUAGGUGUCAUUGUGUAUUUAAUUAUAGUACUCCAGAUUCUAGAUUGGUUGCAUCUACAGCUUUUGAUGCCUCUCUAGAAUUCCUGUCCUCAAAGAAGAAGAUGGUUACUCAAUCAGUCAAAUCCUCUCUACGAUCCAGACCACCACCAAAACCAAAAUGGAUUCCUCCUCUGCCUCAACAACUGAAGAUAAAUAGUGAUGCUUCUUGGACUUCUCAGUCUGUAGGUGUGGCUGCUAUCGCUAGAGAUAGUACAGGACACGUGGUGGGGGGUGUUCACUCAUUCAGUUCAGCCCCAACUCCUCUCUAUGCUGAAGCUCUAGCCCUUUUGGCGGCUACUAAUCUUGCUCAUAGCCUUAUUGAUCAGCAUAUUCAAGUAGAUUCGUUUCUGUUUGAAUCUGAUUCCUUUCAACUAGUUGAUCUCCUUAAUAAUUCAGGUCCAUCUUCAGAUUGGGCUGUGAUGCCCCUGAUAGAUUAUAUUCGAGAUCGUACAGUUGCUCUCCCUUCUUAUAGCUGGACUUGGUCUAGCAGGUUGGCUAAUCAAGCGGCAGAUCACUUAGCUUGUUUGGCUCGUAGGAGAAUGUGUCCGGAUGAUUGGUGGAUUCAUCCUCCUUCCUCCUUAUCUUACUUCCUUCUCUUAGAUGCUGUUUCUACUCCAGAUUUCAUUUCAGUUUAG